CUCUCUCUCUCUCUCUCUCUCUCUCUCCAUAUAAUCUUCUUACACACACACACACACAUAUAUAUACAUCACUCUCAAUCUUCUUACAACACACCUUCAUUAAAAAGAACAAACCCCCCCAAGACUUGGGGACGUGCCGGAAAUAUGCGCAGCAGCCCUUCAACUUGCAGUAGAUCCUGGUCUAUAAGCGAGGAUUCGUUGAGAAGAUACGUGUUCCACGCGAGUGAAAAUUGCAUCCAAGAACUGCUCUCGGCCUCGGAUUCCAACCGGGCCGAUAAUGAACGUAGAAUAAACGUGGUGGACGAAGAUGGAUGGAAAGUGGUGGCGGUGGAUAAAGGAGUCGAGAUAUCGAAACGAAGAUCCGGAACAUUCCACACUUUCCGAAGCCGAAGGGUGAUCAAUUCUGUUUCGCCGCAGCAGUUUAUUACCGUGGCUAAUGCAAUUGAUGCUGCCAAGGAAUGGGAUGGUGAUUUGGUGGAAGCUAAGUACAUAAAAGACCUUGAAGAAAAUUUGAGCAUCAUUAGGCUGAGAUUUGGCGAGAGAUCGAAGCCGUUAUUCCGUAACAGAGAAUUUAUAGUCUACGAGCGUCGCGAAACCAUGGAUGAUGGCACUCUGGUAGUGGCAGUGGCAUCUCUACCAAAAGAAAUAGCAGCAGGAUUACAUCCAAAGCAAAACAAUUCAAUAAGAGGGGUAUUGCUGCAGUCUGGAUGGGUUGUUGAAAAGCUUGAACAUGAUUCUUGCAUGGUCACUUACAUUGCUCAAUUGGAUCCUGCAGGAUGGCUGCCCAAAUGCUUUGUGAACCGUUUCAAUACAAAAUUGGUUAUGAUAAUUGAAAACCUUAAAAAACAGGUGAUGCCUUGCCCCACUAGAGGUGGUGCAACAUGAUUAUUUAUUACUUUUGUAUAAAAGUAUAUGGACCAAAAAGAAAAAAAAGAAAAAAGAAAAGGUGAUUUAUUACUUCACAAUGAAUGUUGUGAUGAAAUAUAUAUAAAUAUGUGUCAUUUUCA